AUGCCACCUGACAUACCUAUACUGUUUGCAAAUACGCAAACUACAAUUGCAUCCGAUACAAAUCCACAGAAUCUUUCCUCGACACAAAAAUCGGAUUCUAAAACACAAUCAGUGGAAGAAGCGGAAUCGAAGCCGAUGAAUGUAAUAAAAGCAUCUUCUAAAACUGGAAAUUUCUUCUCAAAAAAGCCUGACAUAAAUAUUUUGAAAACUGUUGGGAAGCAAAAAUUAAUCAAUCAUGUGGAGAAGAAAUUCACUAAUGAUAAACUUAAUAAAUUAGAUUCAAUAAAACAUGAAAUUCCAACCAGUUCAUCAGUGCUUCUCGCUAGCAGUCAAGAUCUUCCCGAUUUUGUGCAAGGAGGACCGGCGUCACCACUUACAAAACGCAUUGACCUGCCAAUUGCACAAAAUCUUCCAAAGCGAGAAGCGCAAUCAACGGAACUGUUGAAAGCAGGAAAAAUUAAUUAUGGGGAAACCACUCAAUUAUCGCAGCAGAAGAGUUCUGAAAAAGGUUCUGUACAGAAUUAUUUCUUACCAAGUUGUAUGCAAUAUACGUUCCUGCGUCUCAUUGCUCUUAUCCUGCUAUUUUGCGCUUGGAUUAUUGUAUACGCAUUUCCUUGUCUACGAUUUACUUAUAAUAUACCUAUAGUUAAAGAAGGAAUGAUUGAUUCAGUCACAGAAAAGAUUCCAUUGGGAAAAACUUGUCGAAUAAUGCCACAUUGGUGGAGUGAUCAGAAGGCAUUCGUUGGAAACAUUAUAGAAACUACUCGUUAUUUCAAUGCAUUAAAUUUAUCAAUGAAUCAAACUGAAAAGCAUUUUGAAAUUUUUGAUGAUGAAAAUACUAUUGAAAUAUUGAAGCCAUUUAAUGGACAAAUAUUUGUUAUAUUUGGCUGUAUUGUUUUGGCCUUUCCCAUCUUAUUAUUAUUGAUGUUCUUGCGCUGUAUGUCUGAAGAAGAAGAUCUGAUGGAAGAAGCGAUGUUUGAUCUAGCUGAAAUUUCCAUUUUUUGCGUUUUUUCUGUCAUUGAAUUUUAUAUGUCAUCAGGAGCAGAAAUUCGAGCUGUCAUGGAUUCGUUAUGUAUCAGAUACUUGGAACGUAGUAUUGGAAUCAACGGAUACUUGAAAGAGAAGGUGUAUAAUAUAUGCACUAAUGUGAAGAUCGAAGCAUACGGUUUCCUUUCAUCCGGUUGUAUAUUUUUAUUCCUCGUUUUUCUAUUCGCUAUUGAUCUAAUCAUAUUACUGAAGAAUGCGGAAGAGGUAGAAUCACGGAAGUAUCUGCAAAUGGCAGCUUGUCUUCACUAUGAUAAAACUCUAAAGUGUAUGACAGAAUCAGUGCUCGAGGGUGUUUUUACCGAAUCUGCGUCACGCGUUAAGAAAAAGGUGAACACAGAAGUGAAAGAUGAAAUUAAUGUUACUUCGUUAUUGAUCAGGAAAAUGGAACGAUUUCCGGAGCGAAGUCGUGAAGUUAUUGCCAGUGUUCCAAUUAUUGCAAGCACGUUGCCGUCAAAUUCGAGUUAUCAAUGCAAGGAAUGUAUAUUAUAUGGAAGUGUGCUCAAGGAACAUGAAGAAAAACUUCUGCAAAGAUUACGUGGCCUUUGCGAUCCGGGUCAACAUUCAUUCAACGAACAUGAAAUGGUUUUUAGCCUCAAAACAGGUCAGGAUCCUGAUGUAACAGUUCGCCUAAGACGAAAAUUUGGCGGACCAGAUGCAAAUAGUUUUCAGUGGCAUUUUCGAUAUAUGGGAGCAGCAGAACCAGAUGUUCACUGUCCCACUAUUAUACGGAAAUCCAUAGAUUCGCUGAUUUAUUCCAGCAAUAUGAUGGAAUUUGUGAAAACUUUAGGACUAAGGAUGGACUAUGAAUAUCUUACAAAAGGAUAUCUAUUUACAAAAGGAAAUAUAAAAAUUAUAAUAAACAACAUUACACGAACCGAGAAAAUAGGAACCUAUGAUCCUAAUGUUUUGAAACCAUUAUCAGAUUCCUUGUUAAUCGAAAUGAGCAUUGCUCUACCAGAUACUAAGGAGUAUAUGACGACAGCCAAAGCACUUCGCUCAUUUGCGGAUCAACUUAGCCCGAUUUGCGAUAUGCAAAAGAUCGAAUAUUGGAGACGAAUGCAAUGA